GAGGAUUGAUAGUAUUUGGUCCAACUGACGACUCGGAGACUCAGUCUGGCACUCCUGAAUCAGGAAAUUCAGCAUGUGCUGGAAGGAUAAUGCUGAAUGACUCUGAUCCUUUGCUGCCCUCCUCUGGCUCUCCUUUUCAUUCAGCUCUGCAGGGAGAAACUAUUGGAACCUCUGAUGCUGUGUCAGCUUUUCAGGGUGGGGACAGUGUUUUCUGUACUAUGGAACAAGCUGUAAGUUCACAGCCAGUGUCAUUAGAAUCUGAAUCUAAUACUGACAACAUGGAAAAUAGUUCUCCUGCAUCAGUUUUGGAUGACAAAGCUGAUCACAGUAAUGAGGAGGAACAAAAAACUAUCAAGCCUACAAGUAAAGAGUUCAGGAAAACCUGGGGAUUUCGAAGGACUACAAUUGCUAAGCGAGAAAAUGCAGGAGAUGUUGAUGUGGACUCUAGUGAGCAGCAGCCACAACAGCAACAAAGUUUAAACCUCAGGCGUAGCGGACGGCAACCAAAGCGAACAGAAAGGGUGGAAGAAUUUCUUACAACGGUCAGACGCAGAGGAAGGAGGAAUGUUCCUACUAUUCUGGAAGAUUCAAGUGAACCAGCAUCCUGUCCAGCUACAGAUGCUGAAACAGCUUCAGAAGAUAGUGUUGAGAGCCCUCCAGAUAUAAAACCCGUGACUCGAAGGAUUAGUACUAGGAGCAGUAACGAUCAGAAAGGCUCUAAAAGCAGAUGCACAAAAGAGGAAGAAGACGACGACGAAGAGGAAGACGAGGAAGAGGAAGAUGAUACUUCUGAUAGUGACAGUGAUGGAUUAACACUAAAGGAACUGCAGAAUCGACUAAGAAAGAAACGAGUUGAACAGAAACCUGUGCAGAUAACAUUGAAAGACAUACAGAACCGCCUGCGGAAGAGAAAUUCAGAGCAAGACCCUACAGAAACAAGUGAUGUCCAGUCUGAAAAACAAGUUGAGUCUGAGUUGCCUGUCAAACAAGAGCUUGAGACUGCAGACAGCACUGAGAUUGCCAGUCAGGUGGUUGUGACUGAGGAAGACACCGAAGAUCUUCAGGUUCAGACUGAGGUAAAGCCUGCUCUUGGCACAAAAGGGAUCACAGAUGAAGAACCCGAAGAACUGCCCAAAAGCAAACCUGAAUCUGAGAUUUAUGACCCAAACGCACUCUAUUGUAUUUGUCGUCAGCCUCAUAACAACAGGUUUAUGAUAUGUUGUGAUAGAUGUGAGGAAUGGUUUCAUGGUGACUGUGUGGGUAUUUCUGAGGCUCGAGGGCGAUUGUUGGAAAGGAAUGGUGAGGACUAUAUCUGUCCAAACUGCACCAUUCUACAGGGACAGGAUGAACCUGUUUCAGAAAUAGACCAGCAGGAAGCUAAAGCAGGGCAAGUAACUGUGGAUGGCACAGAAUUCACAAGCAUAGGAACAAUCGAACAAAAAUCUGUUGAGGACCAAGGAAUCAAGGGUAGGAUUGAAAAAGCUGCAAAUCCAAGUGGGAAGAAAAAACUGAAGAUAUUUCAACCUGUAAUUGAAGCUCCUGGUGCGUCAAAGUGCAUCGGUCCUGGCUGUUUUAAUGUGGCUCAGCCUGAUUCUGUGUAUUGCAGCAAUGACUGCAUUCUCAAACACGCUGCGGCCACCAUGAAGUUUUUAAGUGCUGGCAAAGAUGCAAAACCAAAACCUAAAGAGAAGAUCAAACCAAAAUCUGAAAAACCUGGUGUGCCAAAAUCUCAAGUGCAGACAGGUACUAAGCCUCUUUCAAACCAAAAGAGACAAUUUCCUGAGAAAAGGGAGAUGAAUGUGAAGAAGACUAUUUUGACAACUGCGAAGACUGAGGCAAACACUCAACCUAUUGCUAGAGAACCAACAGCAGAAAACACCACGCCGUCCUGGGCAAGCGAUCAUAAUUACAAUGCUGUAAAGCCUGAAAGGACUGCUGCCAUUUCAUCUUCACUGUUGUUCAAAUCUCAAAGGGAAGAGAAAAAGCAUGAAGAUAGAGCAGAGUCUGUGUCAGCAUCAAAGAAAGUUGGUGCAUCUAUAAUGGAGAAGCAGACAUCUCUCACUAAAACUCUUCCUUCAAAGAAGUCCCCAGCCUUCUCUAGCACAUCACUAACUAAGCAACCACUUAAACCUUCUGCUGGAAGUUUCAAAGGUGUAAUUCCCAAGAAACCUUGGCCUUCCUCAGGCAGUGUUCCUUCAUCAGGCGCUGUUCCUUCGAAACAUUCAGCUCUUUCUCAUGGCUCAACAGUUUCCAAAAAACCAACUACAUCUUCCAGUUUGGGUGGAGGACUCAAAAAACCUUCACCAUCUUCCAUUUCUGCUGCAUCUGGAAGUAGCCAAGCAAAAGCAUCAGUUACCCCUAUCCAGACACAACCCAACUCACAGAUUCGACAAAAUAUUCGACGGUCCCUAAAAGAAAUUUUAUGGAAAAGAGUCAACGAUAGCGAUGAUCUGGUCAUGACAGAGAGCGAAGUAGGGAAAAUUGCUCUCAAUAUUGAAAAGGAGAUGUUUAAUUUGUUUCAAGUUACGGACAACAGAUACAAGAGUAAAUACCGUAGCAUCAUGUUCAAUCUCAAGGACCCCAAAAAUCAGGGACUUUUUCAUCGUGUUCUUCGGGAGGAAAUCUCACUGUCCAAACUAGUGAGAAUGAAACCAGAAGAACUUUUAUCUAAAGAACUGUCUGUAUGGAAAGAGAAACCAGCUAAAGCAAUGAUAGAGUCAAGAAGCAAAUCGCAUGAAAUCAAGAAAACAUCUGUAAAACGAGAACAUACACAAGUUGUAAAUAUGGAAGAUUCUCCACCAGUGUCUGAUUCUGAUGAGCAGCAAGAGUCAGGCCGAUCUGCCCCAAAUUUAAACAGUGCUCCUUCUCUAGAUGUUUUUAGCAGUAUGUUGAAGGACACAACAAGUCAACAUCGAGCCCAUCUUUUUGACCUGAACUGCAAGAUCUGUACAGGUCAGAUUUCAGCAUCUGAUGAUGAAGUACCACCUAAGAAGAUGAAGUCCAUGGCUUCUGUUAAAAAGGUGGAGUCGAAAUCAAAACCAGAAGUUCAGCCAAAGUAUGAAAGUUCUGCACCAACCCCAACAGCAGAGCCUGUCAAAGAGGCCGUCUCUGAAACCCCAGUGGAAACUGAAGUUGGACCAGUAGCAGAAACAGUUUCUCAGUCAAGCGUAGAAAGAACUUACGUUCCUACAACCCAGGGCCACAGCAAUACAGAUCCUUCUGCACCUGAAGAGACUUCUGUUUUUCCUGCCUCUUGUGCUGGUGGAGUUGUCACAACCGUAACAGUUUCUGGCAGAGACCCUAGGACAGCAAUGAGCAGCUCCUCUGGUAUUGUGACACCAGCCCUGCGUUCUGGUCCUGCAUCUGAGAAAGUUUCAACAGGAGAAACAAAACAGGAGACUUCAAAACCGGUUAUGACUGUCCCCAAAUCUAUAUUAACAAAACCAUCAUCCUCACCAGAUCCAAGAUACUUAGCAGUUCAUCAUUCACCCAAUAUCAACGUUGCAGAGCCGCGCUCACCUCAAGACAGCGAUACUUCCCACUUUCUCUCUCGUCUCAACACCAUUUGGAAAGGAUUUAUUAACAUGCAGAGUGUGGCCAAAUUUGUCACUAAAGCAUAUCCUGUCUCCGGGUGUUUUGAUUAUCUUAGCGAGGAUUUACCAGACACAAUUCAUAUUGGUGGGAGGAUCUUGCCGAAGACAGUCUGGGAUUAUGUUGGCAAACUCAAAUCUUCGCUUUCUAAGGAAUUGUGUUUAAUUCGUUUUCAUCCUGCAACAGAAGAAGAAGAAGUUGCCUAUAUCUCCCUCUACUCCUAUUUUAGCAGUCGUGGUCGUUUUGGUGUUGUAGCUAAUAACAACAGACAUAUCAAGGAUCUCUACCUGAUCCCCCUGAGUUCUAAGGACCCAAUUCCUUCCAAACUCUUGCCCUUUGAGGGACCAG